AUUUCAGUGUCUGAGAAGCAGUGAGCAAGACAGCAGUGAUCAACAAUAAUCUUAAUUCCCAGCCCAGCAGAUCCCAGUUUAAGGAAAGAAAGGCAUAAAUGAUCAAACAAAGGAAUUACUUGAAAGAGGAGUUGUAAGGCAAAAGACUUAAGUUCUCACACUGGUGUUUUUCUUUGAAAAUAAGAUCUAAACUUUUAAAACCAGAAGGUGUUUUUCAGAGAACAUAAACAGGGAGGGAGAGGAGGGGACAAACUAAAAUAACUGAAGCAGUGAUGAAGGACUCGACUCUGUGUCUUUUCAAAGAGCAGUGUGGAAAUAUUCUCCAUUGAAAGCCCCCAAGCAACCACUGAUCUGGCUUUUGACUAAACAAAUUAUUUCUGUGAGGAAGAAGCAACCAUGAAGCUUCCUGUGGUUCUGGGCUGACUGAGAAGUGAGGGGUGCAGGGGCUGGGCCUGUCAGAAGUGUGGUCUGACCAGAAGGAACCUGGCUGGAGGUUUAAUUGAACACGUGGCUCCCUGGGAAGGUUCAGAGGAGGUGCUGCAGGGUAGGGGAGCAGCUGUGCAGAUACAGACCCUGGACUGAACUUUGCUGCUUAUCAGAUAUCAGCUCCUCAGUUCUGCACACCACAUCUGGUUCCAAGCAGGAGGAGCAGUACUUGUCCUUGUAGAAUGUUCAGUGAAGCUCACGAAGGAGAGGGAGUUCUGCCAUCUCAGUUUGGACUCGGUGGUCUUUGAGCUCUCAGUGGGUCCCUUCCAGCUCAGAAUAUCCAGUGGUUCUGUGACCCCACAUGACCCUGGUGUAGCUGAUCAGAAGGAGUUUUCUUGCCACUCUGUAAAUCACCACUAAGGGCAUUGCCCUGACUUUGGAUCUGUGUUGGAGGCUCUUUGUGUUGACCUCAAACACAUUUGGGACAGCUUCUGCCUCACAGUUCCCCUUUCCACCACUGCUGAACUUCCAUUGAUGCCACAGAGGUGUUCCAAGCUCCAUGUGCUCCCACGGGAGCAGCUGGGGCUGGAAGUUGUCAUGGGGGAUUUCUAGAAGAUGGAGCCUGGCAAGACAUGCGAGGUCUCUCUGAAGGCCUCAGCCAGCAGGGGCCAUGCGGUGCUCUCCAAAACGCUCCCUCACGGUUCUGCUCGCUGCCUCCUUCCUCCUCCUCCUCCUCCUCCAUGCGGGCAGACGGCAGGAAGAGGAUCCCCUGGAGGACACGAUCCUGCAGCUGCUGCAGCCGAAGGGCGCCCAGCACAUCCUCAGGGACACAGCUGAGCUCUCUGCACUCCACAACAUCUCCUACCAGCUCCUCGCUGGCUCUCCGGCUCCCCAAAAAAAAUUCCUGGCAGUGGGAAUGGCAUCUGUGAAGAGGCCACGUGGUUUCUACCUGCUGGCCACGCUCCAGUCCCUCUUCAGCCAGUCUACAGAGGAGGAACUGCAGGAGAUGGUGGUGGUGGUGCACCUGGCUGACACUGAUCCUGGCUGGAACGCGCGUGUUGCCGCCACCAUCGCCCAGAAGUUUGCUCGCCACAUCCUCCUGGGCCGGCUCCUGCUCAUCCAUGCUCCCCCUGAAUUCUACCCCACCCUGGAAGGCCUGAAGAGGAACUUCAACGAUGCAGAGGAGCGGGUGAGGUUCCGCUCCAAGCAGAAUGUGGACUAUGCCUUCCUGCUCGCCUUCGCCGCCAACCUCUCCUCCUACUACCUGAUGAUUGAGGAUGACGUGUGGAGCGCCAGGUCCUUCCUGACGGCCAUCCGCAGGGCAGUGGCUUCCCAGGAGGGCUCCAACUGGGCCACCCUUGAAUUCUCCAAGCUGGGCUACAUUGGAAAGCUCUACCGCUCCAGUGACCUUCCUCGCCUGGCUCAAUUCCUCCUCCUCUUCUACCAGGAGAUGCCCUGUGACUGGCUGCUGGUCCACUUCCGCCAACUGCUCACUCAGAAGGACGUGAUCCGCUUCAAGCCAUCCCUCUUCCAGCACAUGGGCUUUUAUUCCUCCUUCCAGGGCACUGUCAACCGGCUGGAGGACGAGGAUUUCCAAGCCGAUGCCUUGGACCUCCCGGACAACCCGCCAGCAUCCCUGUACACCAGCAUGUCCAUCUUUGAGAACUAUGAGCCCCUCAAGGCCUACAGCUCGGCACAGGGAUACUUUUGGGGCAAAGACCCAGCAGCUGGCAGUACUUUUUCCAUCGUGUUCCAGCAGCCAGCCCGAGUCAGCCGUGUCCGGGUGCGCACGGGCUCCGUGGAGCGCCCAGGUGAUUUCCUGCGCGCAGGGCUGCUGGAGCUGGGCCAGCGCCGGGACCGCAGCCGGGACUGCUCCUCCUACAUCCCUGUGGGCUCCUUCAAGAAGGGGACCCUGGAGCAGCAGGGUCUGGAGAGGGUCCUGCCUGGGCCCGUGGAGUGCGUGAGGAUCCGGGUGACGCAGGACCAGAGCGAGUGGCUCAUCAUCCAGAGCAUCGACAUCUGGACCACAGCAGGCACUUGAGCAUAACACCUGUGGCAGGAUGUCAAAGCUCCUGGAUUUGGUUCCUUUAUUUUUCACAUUGCCUUUUUGGAUAAGAAAUUAAGUUAUUGGCUCUCACUGGUCCAUGUCUGUAGAGAUGGAAACCACUAACGUGGGCUGUGGAUGGGUCUAGGAGCAGGGCACAUCAGAAUGUACAUGCUGGAGGAUGCCCCAAUGAGCCAGGAAGGGGGCACAGGAAGGGGAAGGGGCUUGGGAAUUCAAGGCUGAGCAGCAGAAAACCUUUCCUCCCGAGGAGGAUGAUGUACAGGACAAAGCUGAUCAGCUAAUUAACAAACCAAAUAAUUAAUCAGGCAGUGGUAUUUUUUGGAGCCUCUCCACACCUUACUUGCUUUAAGUUUUCUAACCUUUUCCAAAACUCUUGA